AUGUUUCAGAAACACAGGCUAGUCCAACAUGAAGCCACCAAAGCAGUGACAAAAUUUGGUGAUUAUGAAAAAAGAUAUAAACUGGUUUCUAGAAUGUUGUAUAAGUUAUUUGAGACAUUGGAAGAAGUCAGAAUGAAUACUACUUUAUUUGAUCUAAAACCUGGCCCUUUAUUUCCCGAGGAAGAGAAAGAACGAGCUUCUAUAUCUAAAAUCUAUGAGAAUGUGUUUUUAUUUGGUGAUCUGUUACUAAGAAUGCCAGAUAUGGUUCAUUCUAUAUAUGAUCACAUACGUCAAUGGAGAUAUGUACUAGGUUGGGCUAAGGAAUGGUGUGACCUGUCCAAGUUUUUUGAAGGACCAUCUAAAGUUAUAUUAGAUGCUAUAUUUCAAGAGGUGAAUAUAAUUUAUAAAGAUGAAGAUUGGAAACCAGAUUACAGUAAUAUGACUGAAGUUGAGAUAGAUUUAGUGAAGACCUAUUAUGAAAAACAUUUUCGUGCAGAGGAACUAAAAAAAGCUAAGAAAACGGCAGCAAAAAAUGUGAAAAAAGAGAAGAAGAAGAUUAAAAAAGGACCAAGAUUGUCUAAAAAUGAUGAGCUUUGA